AUGGAAGCCAACCCUGAGAAGAUUGAAGCCCUAUUCAAGAUGAGGCCUCCCCAAAAGUCAAAGUUAGUACAAAACUUGACUGGACGAAGCCUGAACAGGCAUCUAGGGCAGGCCCCCCUCUCCAAACUGAAGCUCAGCAAAAUCCUACAGUUGUAUCUAGCCGUCUCCAAUGAGACCAUCAGUGCGGUUCUAAUCCGAGAAGAGGGAACCACCCAACUCCCCAUUUACUACACAAGUAAAGCACUCCUAUCGUCGAAAACACGCUACCUCGAUAUGGAGAAGCUCGCUUUGGCCUUGAUCACGAUCUCUAGGAAGUUGAGGCCCUACUUCCAAGCCCACACCAUCCAUGUGCUGACAAACUUUCCCCUAAGACAGGCUAGGGCAGCCAUCAAGGGCCAAGCCUUAGCGAACUUCGUGGCAGAAUUCGCCAACUUACCCGAGGUAGAUGAAAUCAUGGAACAAGCCGAGCUUCCUACGUGGAACCUAUUCGUUGAUGGGUCGGCUAGGGACGCCGGCUUUGGUGCCGAAGUUAUCCUCAUCAACCCGAAAGGUCACAAGCUAAACUCGACGGUGAGGUUCGGGUUCAAGGCCACCAACAAUAUAGCAGAAUACGAGACACUUCUCGCAGGCCUCAGGCUAGCCAAAGAAUUGCAAUUUGAGUUGAUUGAGAUCUCCCGCAUCGAAAACACACAUGCGGAUGCACUCUCCAAACUUGCAAGAAGCAAGGAUUUCGAACUACUUACAGUAGUCCCUAUAGAACACCUCCUCAUGCCGUCAACCGAGGCCCCUAAUGUAAUGUGGGUCACUGGGACUCCUACCUGGAUGCAGCCCAUCGUGGCAUACCUCAAGGACCAGGUACUUCCCUCUGACAAGCAUGAGGCCUACAAGCUAAGAAGGAGAUCAGCCCAUUUCCUCUUCAUUGAUGAUGUACUCUAUAAGAAGAGCUUCUCCUCUCCACUCUUACGAUGCGUCGGAGAAGAAGAAGCUACCUACAUCUUAAGAGAAGUCCAUGAGGGUGUGUGCGGCAACUACUCUGGAGGUCUGUCUUUGGCACAAAAAAUACUGAGGCGGGGGUACUACUGGCCUACCUUGAAAAGGGACGCCCUCGAGUUUGUACGAAAAUGUGACAAAUGCCAACGAUUUUUUUCUGUCCAAAGACAACCAUCGCAAGAUUUAACCGCGGCUCCAACCCUUGGCCUUUCUCGAAGUGGGGUAUGGACCUCAUAG